AUGGAUGACGAUGCUUUCCUGCCCGACGGAGGACCGGUCGCUCGAUCGCUCCUCCCCCUCGUGUUUUCGGGUCAUCUGACCCCGGGUGUUCGGAAGCAAGGGCAAGACAAAGACCCCCGCGAAGCCUCGGCCCGCACGCCUCGACGCACUGCCCGCGCCAUGACGCAACGCGGAGUCCGUCGUCGCGGAAUGCACGUAUAA